UGAACGAGCUGCCGGCGGUCGGUCAGUCUGGGUCACUGGGCUCCACCAUGGCGUGGAGGAACUGCGCCGUCCUGCUCAGACUGACCGGAGAAGAUGUUUUACGGAGCUGUGUGAGGGGAGGCAGCAGGUGGCCUCACAACCUCCAGCAGAGAUGCGGCUUCAGGAAAGCUGCGAGGAAACCAGAGUCCAAGAAGGUGGAGGAGGAGCUGGCAUCCCCCCACACAGAGUCCUCUGAGGCUGUGGUCCCCCGCCGGACCUCCACCCCCCACUGGGAGCAGCAGACUCCACCCGGCUCCCCGCGGGCCUUCAGCCGGCUCCUCAGACCGCUCGUCUUCACCGUGGGGUUUACAGGCUGCUCCUUCGGCUCAGCGGCCAUCUGGCAGUACGAGUCCCUCAAGUCUCGAGUCCAGAGUUACUUUGAUGAGGUCAGAGCUGAUUGGCUGGAGAAGCUGCGACCUCCGAAACGAGGAGACGUCCGCAAAGAGAUCAACCAGUGGUGGCGCAGCUUGAGUGAGGGUCAGAGGCUGGUCACAGGGAUCAUUGCUGCUAACGCCCUGGUGUUCUGCUGUUGGAGAGUUCCGUCUCUGCAGCGCUCCAUGAUCAAAUACUUCACAUCCAACCCGGCCUCCAAGACUCUCUGCUCGCCGAUGCUUCUUUCCGCGUUCAGCCACUUCUCUUUCUUCCACAUGGCUGCCAACAUGUACGUCCUGUGGAGCUUCUCCACCAGCGCCGUCUCCAUGCUGGGCAGAGAGCAGUUCAUGGCCGUCUACCUGUCCGCAGGUGUCGUUUCUACGUUUGUCAGUUACGUUUGUAAGACGGCCACAGGAAGGUUCGGUCCGUCUCUGGGAGCCUCUGGAGCCAUCAUGACCGUCCUGGCUGCCGUCUGCACCAAAAUGCCAGAAGCCAAACUGGCCAUCAUUUUCCUCCCCAUGUUCACCUUCACUGCUGGAAACGCUCUGAAGGCCAUUGUUGCCAUGGAUAUGGCAGGUGUGGUGUUGGGAUGGAGGUUUUUCGACCACGCCGCUCAUUUAGGAGGAGCCUUGUUUGGAGUAUGGUACAUCCUGUUUGGUCACGAGCUGAUCUGGAAGAACCGAGAACCUUUCGUCAAACUUUGGCACAACCUGAGGACUCGAGGAGGGCCGGGCGGAGGAGGGGACAGAGGAGGCUCCGUGUAGGACGCCGAGCCGCCGGGGCUGAUGGGAAAACACGUGUAAAGACGUAUAAAAUGUACAGACGUGCAGGUGAACAGGAAGAAGCUGCACCGCUGCACCAUGUGACCCCUCCAGGACGAGUUAACAGAAAGCAGGUGGGAGUGAUGAAGACUUCAGGUGGAGCAGAAAUAAUCCGCAUCGACUCUCAGUUCUCGUCUUUUCUUCACUUUUUGUUUCUCUGCACACACAAACUUUGUUCAGUCACCAUGGAGACGGCAAAAGUCAGAACUGGGACUGAAGAUUGUGAUUUUACUGUUCUGAUUGUUUUUCUGAUCCUUCAGCCAAUAAAACCCCCAAAAAGUCCAAAUGACACAGAAACAGUUGUUAUUGUAAUAUUAAUCCUCACGAAUCAUUUAAGGCACUAAUGACAGUCCAGUGUUUGAGGGGUUUUACAGAAUAAACUGGAUCCAGUAUGAGGUGGUUCAGGACUCGUCAGAGCUGGAGGGAACUGAAGCUUUGAACCAGCAGGAAGUCAGAUCUGCUGGAAACGUUUGUGUCUCUUUCUGCUGAUUUAUAUUUGUUGGUUUUCUUUCAAAUAAAACCGUAAAAUGAUCAGA